AUGCAAUCAGUUCGAAAUGUGCUGAAAGCCAUGGGCUUAAGACCAUCCUCCGAAUCGGAUUGGGAGACUUGUUCAGAGUCCUUGUCGGAGUGCUCUUCAGACACCUAUUCGGAGUCCUAUUCAGAGCCCGAUUCCGAGCCCUCUUCAGAAACAUCGUCAGAGUCCUCUCCAGAAGCAUCAUCAUCAUCGUCGGAUUCAUUCUCAGAAACAUCCUCAGAACCGUCAUCGGAAGCGUGUUCAGAACAGGACCAGUACCCUCCUCUUACACCAAAUCUCUGUCACCUCCCACUAGAGCUAAUCGGCGAGAUUGCCAUCCAGCUCUCGAUACAUGACAUCAGAAGACUACGCUGCGUGUCCAGCUACCUCAACCAAGCUACAUUCGACUACUUCGCAAAGGAACAGUUCAAAGAACUCAAAACAGAUCUCUCACUGCAAUCAAUCAUCGAGCUCGACCGUCUCACCGAAAACCCCUAUCUCGCAAGCUGCGUAAAGCACCUGCUCAUCACAUCCAAGCGCGUACGCUAUCUCGACCAUGUCCAGUUCGGUUCAGGAUUCGGCUUCCGGUACGGUGAAGGGUUCGAGUGGCGCCGCGGCAAAGCAGGCCGGCUUAUAACCAACCAGAAGGGCAUCGACUAUUGGGAAAUUAUCCUGCGGCAGCUGGUGAGCUGCCGCUCCGUCACUCUGCAGCGUCCAUUCCAAGAUAAUCGCGCGCGCUCGCAACGCGGUAACGACUCCGGUGCGCUUCCGUGGGCGUUGGCUGGUACCGGAGACGAGAGGGAGGAGUACGGCGAUCUCUGGCCGGACUUGACGCUGACGGAGAUCCAUGUUCUGCCCAUGGCCAUCAUGUCCCGCGGUGGGCUGAAGCUCGAAACGUACACGCUGGAUUUUGGCCGUCUCAACCGUGACCCUGGGCACCAGCUCGACAUGAAGAGCAUUGACACCGCGCACCUGCAGGACCCGGUCUUCCAGGCCGCGUGGUCAAAUAUCCGUGAAUUCCAUGUCGUGUCGGAGUUCAAAGAAGGGUCGCAGUGCCAGUAUAUCGUCGACCUACUGUUCCUAGCGCCGAACCUCCACUCCCUGACCCUGGACUUCGACCAUAGCACCUGGGCGUACCGCUUCGUCUACUAUCUUGGUACAGUGGAACAGCACCUCCCAUUCAAACUGAAGUCGCUGAAAAUCAAACGCGGUGAUUUCGGCGGCGGAACGAACUUGACCAAGGUCAUCUGCAAGCACAGUGAUACGCUCGAGCAUCUAGCAUUGCAGGAAAUCUGUCUGCGGCGCCACUCUCUCCAUAAAAUGCUCAAGUACCUAGACGAGAACGGCUUACCAUCCCUGAAGUCAUUAACUCUCGAAGAGAUUUCCUACGCGGACACCACGGACGGGCGACGCGCGGGUCUGGCGUUUCGAGACCCUAUCAAGCAGGGUGUCUCGGUUGAUGAGGACACUGGGGGUCAGCUGGAGUAUGUCUACUACGACAAUGGCUUUUAUUUUGAUCACCCCGACUACGUGGGUUCGGCAAUGUGGGCUUAUCCAAGCUCGAAGGUCCUGUAUUCUGGUCCGAGGGCGGAUGUUAUUCUUAAAAAGCUUGACAAGGCGAGAGGUUGGAUGUUCGGCUAA